AACAGCGUCACUCUGCAUCUUCCCUGCCCGGUCUCUUUGGGCGAACCUCUGCGUUGUGACGACUCUAGUCGAUGCGGGUCGAGCUGCUGUUUCACCAGCGGGUGUUGAUUACAACCCCCAAGGCCCUCUCGUCAUACGCGAUCGCUCACGGUGUUAGGAGGUGACAAGUUUCGAUCAUUGUGCAUGCACCUCGACCGAUCACCGGGCGGGAUAGCAAACAUCGCGUCGAACUGGUGUUAGCUAUCGAGUAUACAUAGGUAGACAACCGGAAAUCUUUCCCUCCCGCAUCGUCUGCUGGGACCCGGUCCAUCGUCUCUACUCCAAGCAACCAUCUCGAUUCGACAUUGGCGACAUCCCCCCUAGUCCUAGUCCGUCCUCUUCACCCUCUCCACCUCAUCCACUCCCUGUCAUCUCGACCUCUCUCCCAUCUCACCGCCCUAUCAAUCAUCUCCCGUCAACCCAACUCAAAGACGUUCGCCCAUCUGCAACCAAGAUGUCUCUACCCGUAACCCCCACCAAGCAAAUUAUGCGUACCAACAUCCCUUCCUCAGGUCCGUCCAGCAUCCCACCUCUGAAUCUCGCUGAGUUUGGAGCUGAUUCCAGAGCUCGUGGUUGUGCAGACGUCGUCUUUGGCUUCUCGAACCAAAAGAAUCGUCGAGCUGAACGGAUCCGCCGGUCUUCCUUCGACGCACCUGAGCUUAUGAACCCGUCACCGACCUCGACUACCUCUUCUUCGCCUACCACUACUUCUCCUCCCACUCCUAGCCCUUCCGCCCAUCAAUCUCGCAAGGUUCCCGAAAAGAAGUCGUUCUUCAACCUGAAGAACGCGUCCACUCCCAACUUUUCCGGCUUUGGCCGAUCGCUCCUUCCUCCGACCCCCUCUCCUACCAAACCCAGCGGCCCUAUCGGCUUGGGCAUCAAUAUGGCUGCAGUCGUUGAACGGACCGCGCCCAUCCCAGCGUCGCACCGUUUCGCAGCGAGAAAGGGUCUAAAGUCCCAACCUGUCUCGCGCUUGUUCAAGGUCGGCAAGGGAACCACGGCCACCUACUUUGAGCCCGUACCGCAGCGCCAACCGGCCAUUGCGGGUCCCUCUUCCGUUCUCGUCGAGAGGGAAGAGCUGGAUGCUGAGGCCAACGACGACGGCCAGGACGACGAGGAUAGUUCGGAUGACGAGUUCGUCAGCUACCACGACUCCUACGAGGACCUCAUUUCGUCAUACAUGAGCCCACCCGAGGGCCAUGCCGCUCUCGGACCCUCCAACUUGGCCGAGCUCAUGGCCCUCAGAGAAUCGACGGAACGGAUCUAUACCCAGGCUAUCACUCAGGCCGGACCUUCCACUCCUCGACGUUCCUCUGCUCCUUCUUCAAGCCUUCCCAAGAGACUGCCGCGCAAGGCCGUUCCCUCUUACCUGAAUGCCGUAGCGCGGGCCGAACCCGUCGUUGACGUCCCGGCAACGAUCCCAUCUCCUGUCAUUCCUGAGCGCACGGGAUCCUUGCCCGUUACCCCAACUCUGGAAAGUGAAAUGGUCUACGACAGAAGGGCUGAAAGUCACCACGCUCGCACGUCAUCGCGAGAAAGCAGCGAUUCGAGUUCAAGCUCGCUUAUGGAUGACGAGUCGUCUCGAGACAGCUUGUGUUCGAGCAUAUCUUCAUUGGCAUCUCCGACGAUGUCAGAGUCCGGCUCGAUGCCCGUCACCCCUCUUACGGCGACGCAAUUCCCUCAAAGCUCGCCGUUCUUUGUCAAGGGAAAGACAUUCGAGCUCGACGUCGCGAGCGUCUUCUUCGCUCCUUCCCCCACUCAUAACAAUCUGGAACUCCCUGCCACUACGAAUGAUCUGGUCAGCCCCAACAAGUCGUUCUACCAGAAUCAGGCGGCCACUCAAUCGAGUUGGGCAAUCCUCACCUCCAAGUUCAAACAGCCCUCGAGCCAGGAAAAGACGCGGUUCAAGAAGUUCUUUGGCAAAUCUUAGGGCUCGGAUCAACCGAACCAUCCACCCCCUCAUCUUCUUUGACGCACCUCUGACGACCACUUUUUCGGGGUUCAUCCGUACUCUGGGAUCAUACGUAAAUCACUUUCUGUCCUUUCUCCUUUGGGCGCUUCUAUAGUUUUUCAGUAAUUGCCUGGCCGCAUAAUAGUCACCGCUUUGUAUUCCUGUUGCACUUUCGAUGCAUUACGAUCAUUACCGCUUCA